AUGUCUUCUCACUCUUCUUCGUCAAAAACUUCAUUCUUCGCAUUUACUCAAAAACACCAAGAAAUUUUUGAAUUCGUGAAUCCCAACAGUAAUAGCAACCUCAACAGUAAUCGGGUUGACUUGGGAGAAAUCAACAUUAUUGCAAAUCCAUUUACUCAAAUUCGUGACGAGGAGAUUUUCGUCGCGGAAGAGAAACGGAAGAGUCAAUUUGUGACAUUUUUUAGUAAUGUAAUUCAAAAAGUCGCGCCGAAAAAUUUGUUGAAGCGUCGUCGUAACGCUUGCGAUUCCUCGGUCUCUGAGGAAAGUGACGAAUCUAGAUAUCGUAAGAAUAAUAAACAAAAGAGCAAUAUCAAUAUCAAUGGAAACAAUCGAAGCAAGAAAAGAAUCAAAUUCUCGUUCACUUCAAUUGAAUCCAUAUCUGAGCCAAGUAUUAAUAAACAGCAACAGAAGCAACGAAUUUACAUGAAUGCUUCGCACCAUCAAUCGGCUCUUCUCUCGCAACAAUCAUUAACGACUUCCGCUUCUCUUUACUCCAAUUAUCUGUCGUCCAUGAUUAAUCUCCACAUUAACAUUUAUUGGUCUCCAAAACUAAAAAUAAAACUUUCGAUAUUUCGUCAUACUUCAUUCCAUGAAUUUAGAAAUACCGUCUCGUCCGUUCUCGGCUAUCAGAUACCAAACGAUAGCAUUAUUCUUUACCAUAAUACGCGUCUUCUAGAGUUAGAGAAAAAGCUGAUGUUUGCCGAAUUAAAUUUCGCAUUUGUUGAUUAUUUGGUAGCGGAAGGUAAAUUACAACGUGUCGCAAUUGAAGACUCAUGGAGAUGUGUAAUGGGUUGGUGGAGAGAUCAGGAAGGGAAUGAUAAUAGAAUAACAGAAGUCGUUAGAUUUGCAGAAGAAACGUUACCACCGCUAUCGCUUUCAUUUUCCCAAGCCCAUGUCAUUGAAGCAAAACCAGCGUUGGAAUCAUCAAAGCGGCCAAAGUUAAAACCCAAAUCUCCAACCACAAUUAGGUUACAAAUAUGA